AUGACUUUAGUGGUAUACGCCGGUUGUAUUAAGAUUCGAUGUAAAUCACUUGAUGGCUCUGUGCCUGAGAGCUAUUUCUUGAAAGCGACAGAUCAUAUAGCAAGCGAAGACGAAAAAAUUAUCUUCGAGAUUCCACUGUCGGAACGUGAUAUAUACAAAUUUGGAUUCGUGCAUAACCAAUCGGAUGAAAUAUACUAUAAACUAAGAAGCUGCUUUGAUAUUGCGGGUUCUUUACCGCAAGGGAAAUCAGCAUUGCAACCAGAAAGGUCAACUACUAUUCAGCUCAGAAACAGUUCAAAAGAACCAAGAACCAUUGCUACUAAUGAAACCGACAACAUUCUCAAUGACGUCCAUGAGUUAACUAAAUCUAUACAGACGGGUGAAGUUUGUCGAGCUGAAGAGCUCGCAUCGAAAUUAGCAAAUCAGGGCGUUCAAUUAACAAAGAAAAAUAUCAAUCAAGAUCAACUACAUGAUUCUCUUCGUAUCCGUGUAAAAAUCGAUGGAAUGGAUUUACCAAGUAAUUAUACUGCUGAAGAACAUACUCUGAAUAUUCAUCAAUCGACAACUAUUCGUGAACUCAAAGCGAUGUUUCAACGUACAUGUGGAUUCUCAAUGGCGAAUCAGUAUUUCUUUGUCAACGGUCAUCUCGCUCAUGAAAUGUAUUCCAUGUACGAUUUAGGUCUAGAAGACAAUGCAUUUUUUAUUUUAUUUGUUAAUGAACAAGUACACGGUGAAUGA